ACAACAAGUUAUUUUUUACAAAAGUGACCUACUGCAGCUUUAAGGUAAGACUCACAGUGUAAAUUUAAAGGCUAAACGACUUAGUACAUGUAGGGAUGUCAGCAGUGACAGUGCAGUUAUCAUACAGGCUCACUUACCUGUGGAUUGUAGUAGUUUGUGUAUCCGGCUUUAGUGCACUUCCCUGUCCAAACUGUGUUGUCCAAAUGGAGGAGCCUCAGUCUGCUGUGCAGCAGACAGGACGGACCUAACACCUCAGUGCGGGGAGUCUGGACUCUAUGAAACACAUUAGUCAGAGGGACCAUUCAGAACUGGACAUCCUAAUUUGGUAUUUGAAAAUCUCACUAGCUGAAUCAAGUGGCAUUUAGAAUAAUUACUACUCUUCAUGUAAGCAUUUUUACUCAGCUGACAACAGGGGUCUCCCCCUUUGUUUGCUAUAGUGGUAUGUUCCAGGGAUGGCUCAACUGUCAGUAGUGCUGGUUGUGUCCUCCUGUAGACUCUAACCAUCAGCUGGACAGAAUAGCAGUUUGUCCAGUUUACAAUCAUCCAGAGCAGAACAGACCAGAGCCGAUCAGAGAGGAUGGCUGCACCUCAAAAAGGAGACCUGUCAGCAUCUGAGAGGAAGAUCCUGCAAGUUAUUGCUGCUGGUGAUGUACAGGAGGCUGCCCAGCUGCUUGCUAGCAACGAAGUACGAGUCAACUGUUUGGAUGAGUAUGGCAUGACUCCACUGAUGCAUGCAGCCUAUAAGGGCAAGGCAGAUAUGUGUCGUCUGCUGCUUCAGCAUGGGGCCGAUGUCAACUGCAACCAGCAUGAAUACGGAUACACUGCUCUCAUGUUUGCUGGCCUGUCAGGAAAGACAGACAUCACUUCCAUGAUGCUGGACGCAGGAGCAGAGACAGAUCUGGUUAACUCUGUAGGUCGCACUGCUGCUCAGAUGGCAGCGUUUGUAGGUCAGCAUGACUGUGUAACAGUGAUCAAUAACUUCUUCUCACGGGCGAGGCUUGAGUACUACACCAGACCACAGGGGCUGGAGAGGGAGCCCAGGUUGCCACCCAGGCUAGCAGGACCCCUGCACAAGAUCAUCAUGACCACCAACCUUAACCCGGUCAAGAUAGUCAUGCUGGUGAAGGAGAACCCUGUGAUGGUGGAUGUGGCGGCCCUGGAGAAGUGUUACCAGGUGAUGGACUUGCUGUGUGAGCAAUGUGUGAAGCAACAAGACAUGAACGAGGUUCUGGCCAUGAAGAUGCACUACAUCAGCUGUGUGCUGCAGAAAUGCUUGGCCUUCCUACAAAAACGAGACGACAAGCUGGACGCACUUGUCAAGAGCCUGUUGAAGGGCAGAGACAGUGAUGGCUUCCCACAGUACCAGGAGAAGUUCAUUCGUGACUGCAUCAGGAAGUUUCCUUAUUGUGAGGCCACACUGCUUCAGCAGCUGGUGAGGAGCAUUGCACCAGUAGAGAUUGGCAACGACCCAACAGCGUUCUCUGUGUUGACCCAGGCCCUGACUGGUCAGAUGGCGUUUGUAGAUGCUGACUACUGUGCUACAUGUGGGGAGAAGGGAGCAGACAAGAGGUGCUCCCUCUGUAAAGCAGUGACUUACUGCAGCUUGACAUGCCAAAAGCUCCACUGGUUCACUCAUAAAAGGAUGUGCAUGUCUAUGCAGGAACAGGAUGCUGAUCUGGAGAAAGACACUCCAAGGUUGAAAGAACUGAAAGGUGCUCAUCUUUUAUCUGUGCUCUACAGUUGA